UUUUCAUUUCACAUCAAUACUCUUCGGUCUACGUUUAAUGGACCAAUCGUCGUGAAGUGGGCGGAGUCUGCGGCAAAUGAACAAGCAGGGAUCUGCGGCGCUGGUGGAGAGCAGCAGUGAGAGAUUGCACACAUCCAUCCAACCAUCUAUCCACCGUGCCCAGCACUGUUUAUCGGUACAUUGUGAGCACAGUCACCUGUCGGCCCACACGUACAGCAGCAGCCGCCAGCAGGUUCCAGCCUCACUAACAGAACCCGCCCCGCUUUCACUCAGCAGUCUGUGGUCUGAACCGCGAUGUUGAUCCUGGAUGUUUUGUCCCCGCUCCUCCUUGCCAUCCUGUUGCCAAGCUACAUUUGCUGGGCGGCGGACAUUCCGGAGGACACUACAUCGGAGUUCUCGGUCAGACUGUACCACCAGCUGCAAGCAGCGGGGGAUCAGGACAACAUCAUUUUUUCCCCGCUGAGUGUGGCUGUGGCUCUCGGCAUGGUGGAGCUGGGAGCCAGGGGGCCUUCACUGGAGGAGAUACGACACGCUGUAGGAUUCAGCCACCUGCUGCCAGGUGGGGAGUUCUCUCUGCUCCAGAACCUGACUGCAGCUCUGUCGAACGAUGAUACCCACUACGUGAUUCGAUUUGCCAACAGCCUCUUCCUGCAGGAGGGCGUCACCUUUAACCCGGAGUUUCUGCAUCUGAUGAGGAAGUACUUCCGGGCUGAUGUGGAAACGGUGGACUUCAGCGACUCGGCAGCUGUGGCCGAGCAGAUCAACAGCUGGGUGGAAAACCAUACAGAGAGUAAGAUCCGGGAGCUGCUAUCAGCCGAGGACUUCAGCAGCGUGACCCGGCUGACCCUGGUGAAUGCCGUCUACUUCAGAGGUUCUUGGAAAAACCAGUUCAGGCCAGAGAACACCCGAACCUUCUCCUUCAGCAAAGACGACGGCUCGGAAGUCCAGACACUCAUGAUGUACCAACAGGGAGACUUCUACUAUGGUGAGUUCAGCGAUGGCUCACAGGAAGCUGGCGGUGUGUACCAGGUGUUGGAGAUGCCCUAUGAAGGGGAGGACAUGUCCAUGAUGAUCGUUCUGCCUCGGCAGGAGGUGCCGCUGGCUUCUCUGGAGCCCAUCAUCAAAGCACCGCUGCUGGAGGAGUGGGCUAACAAUGUCAAACGGCAGAAGGUGGAGGUCUACCUACCGAGGUUCAAAGUGGAGCAGAAGAUCGAUCUGAAAAGCACUCUGCAGGAGCUAGGAAUAAAGAACAUCUUCAGCAACAAUGCUGACCUCUCCGCCAUGACAGAUGGUAAGGACUUGUACAUUGGGAAGGCGGUGCAGAAGGCUUACCUGGAGGUGACUGAGGAGGGGGCAGAGGGAGCCGUUGGGUCAGGGAUGAUCGCCCUGACCAGGACUCUGGUGCUGUACCCACAGGUCAUGGCUGAUCACCCGUUCUUCUUUGUCAUUAGGAACCGGAGGACAGGGUCUAUCCUGUUCAUGGGCAGGGUCAUGACCCCUGAAGUCAUUGAUCCCAACGAGCACGACUUUGACUCCAUGUAACCACGGCGCGAGGUCACUCAGUCUGAGCCAGUCAGAUCUUGACAUCAUAAAUGCUACCUGUCCUCUCCUUUCGCCAUCUUCAGCUGUGUUUUAUACUUUUGAAAAAAGAUACAAAUGGAAUAUUCUACAAUAUAUUAUAUAUUGAAAUAUGACAUAAUGUGACUGUGUUUUGAUACUGGAAGCUUUAAACUCUUGAAUACAGACGUGUAGAAAGAGGAAGUUGUAAAUAUUCUCUAGGAAAGGAUGGUUUGUAUAUGGGCGAGAAGAACACAUAAUAUCUAAUCCACGCACAACCCCUUUAAGUUCAGCAGCUUCGCACUUACUCGCGCCCCAGCACAACAUUCACAAAAGGUUUUCUCACCACUUCUUUAAAAAAUCUGCUCUUUCUUACUCCAGAUACAGUAUGUGCACACUGUAAGUUUCACACUUUAAUUAUAUCGCUGUACAUUUGACAUUGUGUUCUAUAUAUACAUAUAUAUGCUCAGUAUUUAUUGCAGAAUAAACGUGUGCGAACAUUUUGUCCUUAUACAAUGAAUCUUAGUAAUAUAUCUGCUCCAGACAGUAUUCUAAUCAUUUUUUACACUGUAGGCACAUGGCUAAUCUGCUGAUGAACUAAUAUGCCUUAUCACAUCUGAGUGGUUGAUGAAGCUCCUAUUGGACAUCUCACAGGUGUGCAGAGGGGACUGCCUAAAUAAGCAGGUUGCUAUAUAGAUGGGCUGGAGCAGGGAGGCCCAGUGAUCCUCUGCUCCAGAGGUUUGGAUGUACAUACAGGGAGAAUCGGUAACACCAGCUGUAUUCAGUCUUUUACCCAAUAAAAAUAAAAACAUGAAUGUGUUCCCAUCUAAAA